CUCGAUCUUUGCCGGAGUUCCCCAAUUUACGGUCUCAGCCACAUUCUUCCUUCAUUACUUCCUCGAUAGCAUCACGAUAAAUUGUCAAAAUGGGAAAAGACAAGGCUGAGAAGGAAAAGAAGCGCGAGAAGAAGGAAAAGCGCGCUGAGAAGGACGGAGUCCACAAGAGCAAGAAGGACAAGAAGGAAAAGAAGGAGAAGAAGGACAAGACCCUUCUCGCCGAUGCGGUAGAAAAGGAACUUACCACAAAGGUUCUGGAGGGAAUUGAUGAGACAGUUGCUGCAAAGAUCGUCGUCAAUGGGGCUGCUGAGCCAGAGCCGAUGGAGGUGGAAAGCCGCCCAGUUGGCGCACUCGUGCCGUUUGCCAAUCCCCUGGUAGAAGACAAGUCCGCAAAGAAGGUAUUGAAGAGCGUGAAGAAAGCUGCUGUCAACAAAUCCCUCAAGCGAGGCGUAAAGGAAGUCGUCAAGGCUCUCCGGAAAUCCCCCAUUCCUCCAGCGAACGCCAGUCUAACUACACCAAAUGGCGUCGUUAUCCUCGCGGCAGACAUCUCACCCAUGGACGUGAUCUCGCACAUCCCCGUUCUGUGUGAAGACCAUGGCAUCCCAUAUGUGUUCGUCACGUCGAGAGCCGAACUGGGAGCGGCCGCCGCAACAAAGCGCCCCACCAGCGUCGUUAUGGUGGUCCCCAAGUCCGGGAAGGGCAAGAAGAACGAAGCAAAUGGUGACGAUGGAGAGGACUUCAGCAAGGUGUUCGAGGAGCUAGCCAAAAGCGUCGAAAAGGAGACCGAAAAAGUGACUGUUUAAAGAGAGUCACACGAUGACUGCUCACGUCUCUUGUCUUAAUACUAUUAUCCUUCAGGCCUUCUUUGGUUCCUUUUAUCUCUUUUUUUUUCCUUUCUUUCUAAGGGUCUCUCUUCUGGUUUCUUGCCAAUGGCUUUGGGCUGUAUAGUGCUUACUUUUUCAAGUGACGACGAGGCAAUGCAUGCCUAUGGAGUGUGGCCUUAGUUUGGGUCUUUGUCUUUCUUCACAGGGAUUUCUCUUCUUCCUUUUCUCUUGUUUUAUCUCUUGAUACAUGUCUGAAAUCUGGCGUUUUUUAUGGUGUACGUGAUGAGAUAUAAAGAAUCUAAGAACUCAGAACUCCAUCUUAUGUGGUCUCCAACGUUUAUGGACUAGAACUGCUGCUUUUCUGGUCAAA